ACGCCUUUAUAACUGUUCAAACUUAAAAACUACCAGCCAGUGGCCACCAGCAACAAUGGUAAAAAAACAAGAGAACCAAUUCGUCUCUCCGACAUCCGCCGCCAUGGAUUCCUCGCCUCCAUCCCCUCCUCGAGACCGCCCGCCCCUAUCCCCGACGCCCGAAGAAUCUCCGCGGGAUUCCGCGGCCUCCUCCGAUCACACCUCUCGCGGAUACUCCCCAAGAGAAAAUGAAAGGCCGGCCUCGCCGCCGGCGCUGUCGUGGUCGCCGGCGGCUCAGUUACGAGAUCAGCCUCCGUCACCUGUAGUUGUAGUGAUGAACCGGGUAGUCCGAGAAGAGCCGAUGGCGGUGGUGGCGGCGAAGGUGGACCCUGGAGAUCGAUUCCCCGGCAGGGUUGCGGAGGAAGGCGGCGGCAGUAGUGGAGAAGGGCAGCGAUCGAGACGCACGUUAUCGAUUGUGCGGAGAGCGCAGAGGGAGAGUAUGGUGAAGAAGGCGGCUCUAGGGCUUAGGGUGUGUGGGUUUGUGUUCUGUUUAAUCUCGUUCUCUGUCUUGGCCGCAGAUAGGAACAGGGGUUGGAGCCUCGACUCCUUCGAUCGGUACAAAGAAUUCAGGUAUUGUAUAUCAGUGACAGUGAUAGGGGCAGGGUACUCUGCGUUGCAGGCGUACCAUAUAUCUAUGGAUGCCGGAAAAGUUCUUCCUCGCCAUCUGCACUUUUACUUCGACUUUUCCAUGGAUCAGAUACUGGCAUAUCUUCUGUUAUCAGCAUCAUCAUCGGCUGCCACCCGAGUUGACGACUGGAAAUCUAACUGGGGUGAAGACAAGUUCCCUGAGAUGGCAAGUGCUUCUGUGGGAAUGUCCUUCAUGGCGUUUGUAGCCUUUGCCUUGAGUUCUCUCAUAUCUGGUUAUACCCUUUCAACUCUCAUACACACGUAGUCAGCUCUGCAAGUUUGUUAAUUGUUUGAAGGAGAAUUAAAGGCAGAAUUUGGCAUGGAUCAUUGUUCUUGAUGUUAUCGGCAUCUGCCUUCUUGAUGGCUGUUUCAUGCAUUUUCCUGGAGCAAAAUUCUCUGUGGCAUUGUGUGCUUUGCCCUAAACGCACCCUUGUCCCACUGCAGGUGCAUAAUGCACGAAAGGGCUGAGCUGGUUGGAUCGGGUGAAUUGGCAAAAAAAGAGUCAUUUAGCCGACCUCAUCUAGUGGGACUUAAGGCUUCUUGUUAUUGUUGUAUUGAGAGGUUUGUUGGACACAAGUUAAAUGAUUUGGAGACACCUUGCUUGUUGAAUUCACCAACUCUUUAUACUGAAUCUAUGUAGAUUCCUACUAUUAAAGAUUAGGUCUUGUUCCA